UACGACUUGUUUACGUUCCGGGCGGAUACUGCAGCCGUUGUAGGAAGGUUCCGGGGAUUAUCUCGCUGCUGUCUGCUAUAGUCAUGGCUUCCUCUGCCGGAGACGGGGCUCUGAGGCCGCUCCAGAGAGCCAUGAAGCUGGCAAACAAGGCCAUCCAGCUGGACACAGGCAAUCAGCACCAGGAGGCGUAUGUGGAAUACCUGAAAUGUGUCAGUUACAUUUCUCAGUUCCUCCUGGAAGAAGCGGAGCUGAAAGCUGGAAAUGAAAUGCUGACAUCGGACCCACAGAAGCUGCUAAAGCUGGCAGAGCAGUGUUUAGAGAGAGCAUGGACGACUGCAGGCAAACUGGGUAGAACAGAUACAGAUCAGCCCUCGGUCACUACCUGUAUCUCUAAUGUCCCUGACCCUCCACCCAGCGAGGCAUCCAGCACAGCUCCUGUUACCUCCAGCACUGUUCGCUCCCCUCUAGGCCGUUCGUGGGGUCACCGCAGAGCCUGCUCUGAUGAGGCACAGAACCUCAGCCCUUUUCCGCCACCGGAAAUGUUCCAGAUGCUGUUGGCUGCUGAGGCACAGAGUUCCAGAAAGGAGCUGACUCCUCUGGAGGAGGCGUCGCUACAGAACCAGAAGCUGAAGGCCACAUACGAGGUCCGACUCUCCAGGCUGAACCCAAGUCAGGCUGCACAGAAAACCUCACUGACACUGUCCCUUCAGCGCCAAAUGAUGGAGAACUUGGUGAUUGCCAAAGCCAGAGAAGAAACUCUCCAGAGGAAAGCCGAAGAGAGAAGGCUGAGGCUUCAGGAAGAAUCGAACAGGCGGUUUUCCAGAAACUCAAAGAUGACUCCUGAAGAAGAAGAGCAACGGACCCUUUACACAGCAGUACUGGAGUAUGAGCAGGAUCACGAAUGGUCCAAAGCCUGCAAGAUUAACAUUAAAAGCAACCCCGGUGACACCAACCUGGUUUCCAGUUUUAUGUAUCAAAUUCUCAGCACAGCUGAUCACCCCAUUUCAAAACUGCUAAGACGACUUCAGUACCAGAUAUACAGCCGACUGUACCCGGCCAUCACUAAAGACCCGAGUCAUACAGGGAACUUUUCCAAACUUUGUCGCCGAUCUCUGCCUGUAGACGGACUCCCUGUUCUGGCCACCAGUUCUCAGCCCCUGAAGUCCUCGCAGAGUUUACACUGUCUUCCCUGCAGCCUGCGUCCCUCCAUGCAGCACAGUCUGUCGGCGGUGGAGGGUCCGGACGGAUGGGGUCUCUCCGAGGAAAAACAAGGAAAGAAAGGACGCGGCGACAAUGACAUGGAAAACUCAUUUGAGGACUUGGAAAGCUUGUUAUCGCCUACAGAGGACAUCAAGGCCACGCAGAUCUUAACAGGACCUCAGCUUUUAAAAGCCACAGUAAAAGAGAUUCACAAUGCCCAAGACGCUCUGCUCUCCGCUUCGAUCUUGUCUCUGGAUUUGCCAGACACUCCUAGUAUUAGGGAUGUGUGUCUGGAGUGUUUGGAAGACAGUUUCUUCCCCCCUCUCUGGCCGGCGCUGCUUGCCCUUUACAGACAGGUAUUCUAUACACGUGAGGAAUCCCUCCUCCAGACCAUGGACAGUUACACCGCUGCUCAUCCGUCUGUGCUGGGUGUCCCCCAGAAACUGUUCCCCCAGAAUGUGAACGAGCCAUACAAAGCUGCAGUUGAGGUGCUUGAACAUCUCUCAGCGCUCCGCAGUCCCCAGAGGAAGCUGGACUGCAUCGUGAGAACCCUACGUGUGAUUUGCGAGUGUGCGGAAGAAUAUAGCCCUACGUCUGGGACGUCCGCCAUCGGGGCCGACUACCUCUUGCCUAUCCUGGUGUAUGUAGUGCUAAGGAGCCGAAUGUCUCGCCUACUGUCUGAGUGUGCGGCGCUGGAGGAGUUUAUCCACGAAGGAUAUUUGGUUGGCGAGGAAGGGUACUGUCUGACUUCUCUGCAAAGUGCUGUCUCUUACCUGGAAACCCUUCCCAGACCUUUAACCCCGUCGACAGCCUGAUUCAGAAUGCCAAGAUGCCUGUUACUGCUGAAAUUCUUCUUUUUUUGGGGGGGGGGUUACAGGGCUCAGGAAACGAAAGUUCUGCCUCAGCUUUGGGAAUGAUGUUACCUUUUUAUAAUGCACCUUAACUGUAAAUAAAUAAUUAUUGUAUACCA